UAUGCUUAAUAAUUUAUUGCUCAAAUGCUCACCAAUGCAAGCAAUAUGCUCCCUUAUUUCCAAUAUUUAGCUGACAAUUGACAACAGUGAUAGGUAAAUAUCUUUGCCUUUUCACGUAAUUGAAAGAUAGCUGACGCGGUUUUUAUUCCCUUUACUUUCAAAUCAACAUCUAAGACAUUAGCGAACAUAUGUUUAUGAAAACAAAAGAUCGACGGAACUUCGUAUGAUUACAUUUUGGUUUCAUUUUUCCAUAUACAGUAGUAAAAGCAAUUUUCGAGAAUAUGGAGGUGAUGGCAUCAUUAAUGGAACCAAUAACACUUGGAACAAUGGGCACACAAAAGCCAUACCGUUUUAAUUUUGAACAAUAUGUGCAAGAAGCGAGAACCAAAAUGCCGACCAGGAAAGCAGCAGAUGCUUGUACGAUGCAGCUAUUGAUUUCCGCUAUGGAGUUACAGACCACCCAAACUGAAGGUACUUGUGAAAUGACACCUGAAUGCAAUACGCAGUUGAUGCAGGGUUCGGGAUUGGCUUUUCAACAAACUAGUCGCAUGCGUGCUGCUGUAUUAGCCAAACUAUUUGACUGUAUGGAAGGCACUGACUUGUCUGCGCACAUUUACAAGUUGUGCAUACAAAUUUACAAGGAAACUAAGUCAUUAGAAUCUUGGGACCAUCCAGCUGGAACUAGAACUUUAUUUAUGCAACAGAUUUUCUUUUGCGCGUCCCAAGGUUACGGAGAAUUCAUAAAGCCUCGGUGGAUGAACAAAAUUAUAUCCUGGCAAGAACCAAAAGGAUGUUAUGCGGAUGACAGGCAGCCGUUUUUAAAAUUGACAGGUUUCAUCGGUGCUGCUGCUAGUCCACCUCCAAAAGAAAGAGAGGAGGAGUACCGAUUGAAGAAAGCAGCAUCCUCAGAUGGAGGAACAUGUAACUCCUUAACGUCUGCAAUGGCACUAGGAUCGUUAGUUAUGUACGUUCGAGCACUUCUAGAAACUGAUCAGGCGUUCCAGUAUGAUGUAUUACUGUAA